AUGGCAACAAUGAGAUUUGCUCUUAAUGUGGCGAGAGCUAAAUUUUUCAAUGUUGGUGGCGCUGAAAUAGUUAAAAUAAAGCAAACCACGACAAAAUUAAUUUCAGUGAGAUCACUUACAAAUUUUCAAUUCUCGAAUGCAACAUUUAUUAAAUCCAUCAACUCUUCAUUUACUCGUAGUUUAACUACUGAAAGUACCAAUAAUACUAUAAAUGAAAACAAUACGAAACUCGAUUUUCCUCAUAAUAAGCGUAGGCGCACAUAUAUUCCAUAUUCACCAGAAAUAGCUGAAGUAGUUUUAUAUAAUCGUAUUAAGUGGAUGAGAGAUAAUUUAUAUGAUCGUUGUGGAAUGCUUAGAUAUUCUUCCAUAUUUGAAGGAAUGAGGUGGCAAGAUAUUAUAAAACUAAGCCGUUAUGAAUUAACAUUAAUGGGUGUUAAAGAUAUAGAGUCAGCAUGGAAAUUAGGUUCAUGUUUUUGGAUUAUAAGAUGUAAUCUUGCAAUUCAGGAAGGAAAAAGGCUACCCUUUAAAGGUGGUAAAGAUAGAGUUAAUGAUAAGAAUUGGAGAGAGAUUAUCGAUAUGGAUUAUAAAGAUUUAAAAGCUUUGGGUAUUGAUUCUAUUAAUGACAGAAUGAAGUUGAUUAAAAAUUUUUGGGCUAUUAGACGUAAGCUCUAUCAUAUUGAAAGAAUUGAGAAAUGUUUUAUACAAACUGACAAAAAGACUGAAGAACCCAAUGAUUCUGGGAAGAUUUCUAAUACUGGAUGA